AUGUUUUUGCAAAUAAGGCCGAGCCUGUUGGCCUUGCCCUUUAUCGUCGGAGUGACGGCCGGCUUCUGGCCCUUCCACACCCAAGUUGAUGCUGUGGAAUCAGACGCGACGAGCGAUGUCAAGCAGAUCGCGAUUAUAGUUCUGAUAUAUGACCUUCAAUCAUAUCCCCCACCUCUUGAGGGGCGCUGGUUCUGCUGGUUCAUCCACAGCCUACACCUCCACAAGCUGGCACAAGGCAUCGAUGUGAACAUAACAGUCUUUGAGCGCUCGUCAUACGUUGGUGGCCGGUCAACAACUGUAAACGCUUACAAUGACCCGGGUCACCCUGUUGAGUUGGGCGCCUCGAUUUUCGUUUCCGUCAAUGAAAUUCUCAUGAACGCCACCAAAGAGUCUGGCCUCGAUCUUAAUCCCCUCGCCGACGAAGAACAACAUGAGACUAUUGGGAUCUGGAAUGGCGAAAAGUUCGUUUUAUUGCAGACAUCAGGAGGGUGGGAGUGGUGGAAUAAUGUCAAAAUGUUCUGA